GUUAUGGUUGGAGAACAAACUUAAUCCAAACAAAGCCAAACACAAAAGCUAACGAGUCACACUCAGCCGAUUCUAAGUUAAACCAGAGUCGAACAUUCGAGUCACAGUACACUGUUGUUGAAUAUUGUGUUGACAGGCAGUGCCUCAAACCCCAACAGAGAUUUGCAAACAACAGAAGCAGAAAAAACAUCAGAAGAGAAGCCAACAGAUGGAGGACACAACAACCCUCAGUGUAACCAAACCAAUCCGUUGCAUUGUUAAACUUGGAGGCGCGGCAAUUACUUGCAAGAAUGAUUUAGAGAAGAUAAAUGAAGAAAAUGUUGAGAUUGUUUCCUCACAGCUGAGGGAAGCCAUGAUUACUGGGUCUAGCUCACGAAAGGUUCUUGGGAUGGAUUGGAGCAAGAGACCUGGAAAAUCAGGAAUUUCUUGUGAUGCUGACGAUUUUGAGGACCAAAACUUGGAUUCUAGCAGUUUUGUUGUUGUUCAUGGAGCAGGUUCCUUUGGGCACUUUCAGGCAAGCAAAUCAGGGGUUCAUAAAGGAGGAUUGAACAAACCACUUGUCAAGGCUGGUUUUGUUGCCACACGCAUUUCCGUUACGACUCUUAAUCUCGAAAUUGUUCGAGCAUUGGCCAGAGAGGGCAUUCCUACCAUUGGAAUGUCUCCAUUUUCAUGUGGAUGGACAACUCCUGAAAGAAAUAUGGCAUCUGCUGAUUUAUCAAUGGUAGCUCAGGCAAUCAACUCCGGAUUCGUACCUGUCUUACAUGGAGAUGCUGUACUUGAUGAUUUGCAGGGAUGCACCAUAUUGAGUGGUGAUGUUAUUAUACGUCAUCUUGCAGCCUAUUUGAAACCUGAAUACGUUGUUUUCCUGACAGAUGUUUUGGGUGUUUAUGAUCGUCCUCCUUCAGAACCUAAUGCAGUCCUCUUGAGGGAGAUCGCUGUGAGUGAAGAUGGGAGCUGGUCUGUUGUGAAACCAACACUUGAGGACAUGAAAAAGCAAGUUGAAACAACUGUUGCAGCCCAUGAUACGACUGGUGGAAUGGCGACCAAGAUAUCAGAAGCUGCAUUGAUUGCAAAACUUGGAAUUGAUGUCUACAUUGUGAAGGCAGCAACAACCCAUUCUUCGAGGGCUUUAAGUGGAGAGGUGAGAGGCGCUCUUCCUGAAGAUUGGCUUGGGACCGUCAUUCGGUUUGUUGGUAAAGGAAAUAGCAACUGCUGAAUGUUGGGAGAUUUUGGUCAGAGGCACUGAAGCUUAACCAAAAAGACAUGUCUCAUAAAAUGUUAGAAAGAUGUUUCUUUUAGGACCACCCUGGCUGAACAGGAUCCCUUGAAAUUUAUAGGGUAAUAAUUUGUUAACUUGCCCUGGUCAUAUCUCAACAGGAUUACCAACCAGGCAACCAGUGAUACUCAAAUUGUUGAAUCCUCCACGAGAGCUCAUCCACAUCUCUUAAGAAUUCAAUUGAUUGUAGCAAUUUGCAUGCCA